AUGGCCAAGGGCGAGAAUAUCCCGAACUCGUACGCGGCACGCAGCCAUCCUACCAACCUUACCUCGCCUCGUCCCAUGAUUGCGACACAAGAAGUUGACGUGGCCCGGGGCGCCGGCUUCCCGCAGGACGGCAUGUGCAAGUCCCGUAUCACGAAGUUGAAAUGUAUCGGAGAAUAUCCGUAUCCAACCACCCCCCUCUCCCUCUCACUCACCUCUCGCUUGACGAAAAAGGAGGGCUGCAAUAACGCUUCGCCGCUGGUGUUCAACUCUGGUCUUAAGACAAGGUCGCGACUGUUCUGCUAG